UCUUUAAGAUCUCAAGCGAGGACGGUAGGGGCGUGGCGAAGCCUCUCUGCUCUUUUGAUGACCGGCGAAUUCAGGAUCGGUGCCCUCUGAUUCCCGCUGGCAUCGGACGGAUCGUAGUCGGGAGAGGACGAAGAAGGAGAAGUCUUUCACCCUUUGUAGUGUUGUCUGCUGAAUCUGGAACUACAAGAGAGGAUUCUUGCGGUGUUUGGUGAUGGAUUUGUGUCGCUUUUCCGGGAAAUUGGAGUCGUGGGUGAGGAAAUGGUGCUUAUUUACUCGGAAAGCCGAAAGUCUUUCGGUGUGAGGGAGGGGUUCGAUAGUGAUGUACUGGGUUUUGGGGGGUUCGGGAGUGUAGUAUCGAGGUCUGAGCUCUGGUGUCGUUAGUUUCCUGUUUGUGCCUCGGGUUUCGUGGAGCAAGAAGACAGGGUGCAGUGGAGAUGAGUCGGAUUUGGGAUUUUUUGGUUCUUCUGAAGGGAAAGUAGAGGACAAAUGGAGCUAAUCUGUUCUCUACUUUUGAUUUGAUUUUCGUGCUCUUCAUUCCCUGAUUGCAGCAGUUCUCCACAUCCUAAGCACAGAAUUUCUUGGAAACUAGUUGGAAUUGCUCUUGCCCAUGCUCGCAUUCGACAAAUCGAUGAAAGAACCACCAUCGAUGAAACAAACUGACAAGUGCCUGGACUCCCAGCUAUGGCAUGCAUGUGCUGGCGGAAUGGUUCAGAUGCCGGCGGUGAACUCCAAGGUCUACUACUUCCCACAGGGCCACGCAGAGCACGCCCAAGGUGUCGUGGAUUUUGGGACCUCCCGUCGAAUCCCACCUCUCAUCCUUUGCCGAGUAACUGCCUUGAAAUUUAUGGCCGAUCAGGAGACUGAUGAGAUCUUCGCUAAGAUCCACAUGGUUCCGCUGAGUUCCAACGAACCUGACCAUGGCGAAGAUGACAGAUUGAGUCUCAGUAUAAAUGGACUUGAUGCACAGGAGAAGCCGGCAUCUUUUGCAAAGACUCUGACUCAAUCGGAUGCCAAUAAUGGCGGGGGAUUCUCUGUUCCUCGUUACUGUGCUGAGACCAUCUUCCCACGGUUGGAUUACUCGGCCGACCCUCCUGUGCAGACCGUCCAUGCAAAGGAUGUGCAUGGUGAGAUUUGGAAGUUCAGGCACAUAUACAGGGGCACCCCUCGCCGGCACCUGCUGACAACUGGAUGGAGUACUUUUGUUAAUCAGAAGAAGCUUGUGGCAGGGGAUUCAAUUGUGUUCUUGAGAACAAAAGAUGGGGAUCUUUGUGUGGGGAUCCGACGGGCUAAAAGAGGUGGGAUUGGUGGGGGUCCAGAGAUCCCUUCAGGAUGGAAUCCCCUGAAUGGAAACUAUGCGUCGAACUAUGGAGGCUUCUCUGCUUUCCUAAGGGAGGAAGAGAGUAAAUUGAUGAGGGGAAAUGGAAAUGGUGGUAGUUUUAGUUCUGGUGGGGAUACGAGGAUAGGGGGAAGAGUGAGGGCAGAUUCUGUCAUUGAGGCGGCUACACUUGCAGCUCAUGGAAAACCUUUUGAGGUUAUGUACUAUCCUAGAGCAAGUACGCUAGAAUUCUGUGUGAAGGCUGCAUCAGUAAAAGCAGCAAUGAGGAUCCAAUGGUGCCCUGCGAUGAGGUUUAAAAUGGCUUUUGAAACUGAGGAUUCCUCGAGGAUUAGUUGGUUCAUGGGAACGAUAUCUUCUGUUCAGAUUGCAGAUCCCGUACGAUGGCCUAAUUCACCUUGGAAACUUCUGCAGGUGACAUGGGAUGAACCAGAUUUAUUACAAAAUGUAAACUGCGUGAACCCAUGGCUGGUUGAACUGGUAUCGAACAUGCCAGCUAUCCAUCUACCACCCUUCUCUCCACCAAGGAAAAAGCUCCGCAUUCCCCAGCACUUUGACUUUCCCCUUGAAGGCCAACUUCCAACACCAAUGUUCCCCGGGAACCCCCUUGGUCACAGCACCAGUCCCUUGUGCUGUUUACCGGACAGUACUCCUGCAGGCAUACAGGGAGCCAGGCAUGCUCAAUUUGGUAUACCUUUAUCAGAUCUCCACCUUGACAAACUGCAGUCGGGUCUGUUCCACGCUGGCUUUCACCGCCUUGGUUACCCCACUUCGCUUUCAAAAAUAUCAACGGGCCUCAUCAUUGACAGUCCUGCUAUUGAUAACAACAUAUCUUGUUUGUUAACAAUUGGCAAUACUUCUCAAAGCACAAAAAAUCACUGUGAUGGUAAACCACAACAAUUAGUGCUUUUUGGGAAGCAAAUACUGACCGAAGAGCAGAUUUCUCUGAGCAAUUCUGGGGAUAUGGUCUCCCCUGGAGCCACCGCAAACAGUUCUUCUGAUGGGAAUCUAGAGAAGACAACAAAUUUGUCAGAUGGUUCUGGCUAUGUGACCAAUAAGAAUCUCGUUGUGGAUAAUUCAUCUCGUAAUGGACUCCAAUGGUGCAGGGACCACCUUGCAUCAGAGCUUGGACUGGAGACUGGGCAUUGCAAGGUUUUUAUGGAGUCAGAUGAUGUUGGACGUACCCUUGAUCUCUCUGUGUUUGCUUCUUAUGAAGAACUAUAUGGAACACUAGCUGACAUGUUCCGCAUUAAAAGGUCAGAGAUGACAAGGCAUGUGAUUUACAAGGAUGCAACAGGUGCAGUUAAACACACUGGAGAUGAACCUUUCAGUGACUUCAUGAAAUCAGCACGAAGACUGACGAUAUUAAUAGAUUCUGGCAGUGACAACACAGGAAGAUCGACAUUACCUGGGUCGCUUGAUGCAAACUUGCCAUGCUGCAGUUGAUUCAUAAACUCUCUGGAGACUGCAUGAUGUAGGUCCUGUCGCAGCCGAGUUUUCUUUGUUUAGUUGUCUCAAAUGGAGGAAGAAGCAAAUUGUACAAAAUGUGCUUCGAACACUCCAUGUUGAUUUCGAGGUUUCUCUAUGCAUUUGUGAUGCUGUGCGUUGUGUUGAGAAAGUUGGGCAUGAGCUGCAAAUUAGGGGAUGAAACCGAUGCAAAUUGAGACAUUUUAUGCUUCUAUCUGUAAACAUGCUAAAAAUGUUGAGACAUUUUGGUUUCAAAGUAGUUCUUAUGAUGAGACCUCAA